GGCUCGUCUUUGUUUGCGAGCGUUUCCAUAUGGAUUAGUGCAUGUUAUCAGGCACGGUUUUCCGUACCUUCUCGGCUGAUGUUCCAAGCGAGAUGAAGUGAGCCGAGAUGUGACGUCUACAUAGUGCAGGCCACUGAUUGGACAGGAGUGCAGGCCACUGAUUGGACAAGGAGUGCAGGCCACUGAUUGGACAGGGAGUGACGACACACGAGAGCGACUCCAGCACGAAAACAAAACCGACAUUUAAAAAAAACUAAACAGCAACGGUGUGCAUUGCUCUUCACGGAGCUCUCUGUUCUUCAUAAUUUUAAUAUGACAGCCAGACCUGUACUGUGGGUGAAUGAAGAGGUCGAGACUUUUCUGUGUUUGGUGGCGGACCAAAGAAUACAGAGGGAGCUGGACGGAGAAAGUUUAUCAGGAGGUCUCUGAGCGGAUGGCGGCUCACAUAUACAGUAGACUGUAUAUAAAGAGGACAGAAGCAGUGUAGGGAGAAGCUGAAAAAGCUCAAAAGUGACUAUCGGUCCACCAAGGACCACAGCAGCCGGCGUGGGUCAACCAGGAGGUGUUGGAAGAGGUUUAAUGGAAGCUAUUUACUGGCACCGCACCGACGAGCAACAGGAGGGAGACUCAGCUGCUGCAUUAUUGGAGACGUUCAAGAAUGAAUCCUUUCAACAUGCGAAGCCUCCUCCACCUCAUGGAGCCCCCAGCUCCCCUGCCUCCUCUCCAGCACCAGCUUCGACACCAGUACCAGCUCGGACACCGACACUGUCAACAUCAACCUCCAGCGCAUCACAGCAAAGUUUUAUCACCGGCAAGAGGAAAAGGGGCAACAGAAAAUUGGACCUUCCAAGCGUACUUGUGGAGAUGCAGGCUGAGGAGGAGUGGAGUCAUGCCCAGCAUGAUGAGAACAUCCAGUUGCUCCUCAGUGAGGCAAGAGAGAAUGAAGCGGCCUUGCAGCGGGAGGAGAUGGCCCAGAAUGCUGCCUUCAGCCAGUCAUUCCUGGGUGUACUGGGGCAGCUGGGGCAGGCAGCCACAGACCGAGCAGCAGGUGAACCAUCGCCUCCGUUAUGUUGCGUUUGUGUCGCACACAAAUGACGUUAAGGGACUUCCAGCUCGCCGUGCUGUGACGACUCCACCCACGAUGAGGCUAUAUGGAAAAACAACUAAACCGAGACGAGCCGAGUCAAAUACAGUAGUGGUGAGCCGUACCGCGCCGAGUAGAUGCUUCUGGAAUCGCGGCUACAGACAACUGAGACAACAGAGAAGGAGGAGUGAGAUUUCCCAGAGACUAUGGGUUGAGGAGGAAUUGGAAGUUUGUCGGCUUAGACCUGGUGUCAUUCCAUCAGUGUUAAACUUCCCGGUUCAUCUUGGAAGAGUACGUGCCAGAAAGACCACGACCAAGCAGCCUUGAGAUCUUAGGCAGCAUCUCCCUGAGGUGGGUGUCAACGGUGUUCAUGGUCAGGUCUGUGGUAAUCCUGUCAAAAAACAAAACAGAAAAAAAAUCUAGAUUAUAAAUCAACAUGUAACCAAAGCACUCUGUGUAUAACACCAUAGUAUAGGAUGUAGUUCAGAAAAUGUCAAAGUAUAGUAUACUUUACUCAAGAAUAACAUCGUAUGGCCUGUAGUUCAUAGUACAGCAUGUUGGCAAGAAAGAAAACAAAACAUAGAAUAUUAUGUGGUUCAAAAAGCGCAAAAUGAUAGGAUGUUGCCUAAAAUUGUCAUGUAUGAUAUGUGGUUCAAAAAAUGUCAUAGUGCAGUAUAUUGUCAAAAUAGUAUGUAAUUCAAGAAAACAUCAGAGUAUAAUAUGUCAUCUAAAAAAUGCCAUAGAAUAAUAAUUUCAUUGCACAAGUAAAAGUAUAGUAACUUUAGUAGCCUAUAGUAUAGCGUGUCGCCCAACAAACAUCAUAGUAUAGCAUGUCGCUCUAAAAACGUCACAGUAUAGCCUUUAGUCCACAGCUGUCAGUAGGUGAGGAGCAACACAAAAACAGUCCAAACCCUGGUUUCCAGAGAGUUAGACGAGAAUUUAUUUGAAAGAGUAAGUUUACAACAACACAACAUGUGAGGGGGUUAAAAACAAAUGGGUGUUAGUAAAAUAAAAAUAAAUCAACAGAACUAAAAGUGAACUUCAUGUUGACAUUGAUGGGCAUUCCAAACAGGAACAAAGUAAAAGAUAAUCAAUACGAGAAAAACUCUUCCUGUUCACCUCUUAAAACCCAAAAACACAC